AUGGCAUCAAAAGAACAAGCUGAGAGUUUGGCUAAAUAUUUAGACUGCCCCAUCUGCCUGGAGCUGUUCAGGCAGCCGGUGAUUCUGGACUGUGGUCACAACUUCUGCCAGCCCUGCAUCAGAGUGUACUGGGAAAAGGGUGAGAGAAACUUGUGCCCAGAGUGUCGCAAAGUGUCGAGAGAGAGCAGCCUGAGGAUCAACCGGGCUCUGGCCAAUCUUGCGGACAAAGUGAGGAACCUGAGGCUGGCUCCGGUGAAGUACCAACACUCCGUCCCCACCAGCCUGGGGUGCCGGGGGGCUCCCAGUCUACAGUUGAAAGUGAAGGGUCCGGACAUCAAACUGUACUGCAGCGAGCAUCAGGAAGAGCUGAAACUCUUCUGUGAGACUGACAAAGAGUUGAUCUGUGUGAUGUGUCUGGAUGGGAGAGGAGGUCGGGGUCAUAAGUUCCACGAUUUUAUGCUCAUUCACGAAGCGGUCAUCAAGUACAAGGAUAGACUGAAAUCAUCCUUGGACAAGCUGAGGCAGAAGAUCACUGUUCUUGAAGCCAAGUUGAAAGAAAAACAGAGCAUUUCAGAAAUUGGAGAGAAGUCAACCAGUCUGCAGAACCUCAUUUCAUCCGAGUUCGCAAAAAUGCACCAGUUCCUCAGCAGGAAAGAAGAGAGCUUGAUUCGGGAGCUGAAGGACCACGAAGAGAACAUUUCUGAAGCAAUGGAGAAGAGCCUUCAAGAGAUAAAGGAUCAUUUAGAUUCCAUUCAGCAAAAGCUUUUGCGCUUGCACAGCAAAAUGGACCAAAGAGAGUCGAUUAACUUUUUGGAGGAAGAAGCUUGUGGACAAAAGAGUGAAGACAGUCACCGCAUAUUAACCAGUGGAAAUCUGCCUCUGGGACUGUUCAAAGGACCUUUGCAGUAUACAGUGUGGAGACAGAUGAUUGACACCAUCUGCCCAGCUCCAACUUGCCUGACUCUGGAUCCCAACACAGCACAUUCCUGGCUCAUCCUGUCUGAGGACCUGACCAGCGUAAGGUACGGAGAUCAAGGACAGUUGCUGCCCGAGACACCAGAAAGGUUCUACCCAUGUGUGUGUGUCUUGGCAUCGGAGGGAUUCACGUCGGGGAAGCACUACUGGGAAGUUGAGGUGGGAGACAGUGCUGAGUGGGAUCUUGGAGUGGUCGCCGAGUCCAUCAACAGGAAGGGAGACAUCACAGCAACGCCAGAGGCUGGCUACUGGAUUGUGUGGCUGAGAAGGAGUGAAUAUAAAGCUGGUACAUUGCCGCGCACCAUCCUGACUGUGAGUGUCAAACCCAGGAAGAUCGGGGUGUACCUGGACUACGAGCAGGGGCAGGUAUCGUUUUACAAUGCGGAUAACAUGUUCCAUCUCCACACUUUCAGCGACAUCUUCACUGAGAAACUCUAUCCUUUCUUCAGUCCUUGUUUGAACAGCAAUGGAGAAAACACAGAACCACUAAAGAUCUGCUCUGUUAAAGGUCAUUAA